AGUCUCGAAUUGUAAGGAAAGGAAAGGAAAUCUUGGGGAGGAAGUUCCGAGCGCAAAAAUGGGGUGGGUUUGGAGCGAAGACAAUAGCGACAAUCUCCAACUCGGUGAUUCGGAACGAUGCUCCACAACGAAGGUCGUGAAAUCGCAGUGUAGAACAGAGGAGGUUCAAUCUGGAAAGUUCGUUAGAAAAUGCGAGAAAACGGAAGAGCUUCUCAGGAAUUGCGUCGGAAGGCCUGUUGAGGUGUUGCAAUCAAACAAAGAGUAUACUGAAGAGGAUAUCACACAUGAGGUACUUAGAGGAGGAUCUAUUCCAUUUAGCUCAUCCAACAGCUCAUCAGACCAUGGUGUGUUUGACUUCCCUGGGCUCCGAAGUGAUAUUGAAACCUUGGAACGGAAUCUGUUUGGUGGUAUCUAUCGUUUCUUUGAAGCAGCUGACGAAAUGAAGAAUGGAUUUUUUGAUGUGUUUGCAAACCCUCCAGGCAUUAAUGCAGAGUCAUCUUCACCCUCUAUGAGGCGAGGGAUACCUAUUGAAGAAAAUCGUCCGCCAGAAGCUCAUCCUAGAUCCAAGGAGAAGGAAUCAGCAGAUACUGAUUUCAGUGCAAUGGCUAAAGAUGUUUAAAUAUGCCUUAGAUAUACAAUAAUCUUUUCUUAAUUUGUAUUAGAAUAUGGACAUCCGGAGUACAAACAAGUCCUCUAAUAAUGUGUUUCUCUACAUCUUUGGCAGCUGUAUAACACUUUUUAAAGAUGUGGCUGUGUGGCCAAGUUUUUAUCUUUUACCUACCACUCAGUUAUAGGCAUUAUGAAUGAUUAAGCGAUUCACUAUUAAGC